CAUUCUGUGUGAUUGAUAGAAUCUUUAUCUUUUGGUGUUGUAGGCUCUUCAUGAUGAAUGCUUUUAUAGAGCUGUUUUUUGCGUGAACUAAAACUGUAAGCUUUUGAGUAGUUUUAUAUUGUUCACUGCUAUGUUGGCCCUGGUACUAGGGCAGCGCUACCUAAGUAGUUUCUGGACACGAUGACUCUGGAUCUUUCGGGUUUUCUACAGCAACUGAGGGACAUUUUGCAUUGAAACGUAUAGGUUAAAGGAGAAUGAAGAUCCAGUAGGCAUUGCUAACGAUAUCAAGUCUUGUAAACCGGUGAUGUUCAGAGUUACGGUAGUCGGUACCAAGAUACGGUUGUGUGGGCUUCCUAACAAUCUCAACGAUCUGAAACUUUUUAGGGUUCUUUGCAAUGUUUCGUAGCCUGCUGUGAUGGGCAACUAUGGUGCGCACACAAGCCGCCUUGGGAUGAAACGCACUUGAUUUUGCAUGAUGCUUUGUAAUGUCUGUCGAUCAGUUAAGAUUUACGCUCUUUUGUGCGUGACCCCUCUCUCUCACGUUCAGCCACAUGGUUUUUAUUUGCUUGCAUAUUCCAUUAAUGUCUGAUACAGAAAAACUUUUGUAAGACUCUUCUGUUUUUCGUUGCUCAGGAAUCUGGCAGAUGUCAUUGAAACAUCAUGAAAUCGCUUUUUAAUAAUUUUGCAAUUCAUUGACCAUUGGAGAUACGAACGGUGAAUUGAAAGUGAUCGGUUCAUGAAAACCUUGAAGUUUGCAAUUAACACGACCUGCGUUCUUUCAAGCUAUUUUCAAGCUUUUGGUUCGAUUGUGGAUAAGGAUGCACUCAAUCUGAUGAAGUAGCCAACAAGCUUCAUGGCAACAACAAGGGCCAUUCUUCAACAUUUUGAGACUUGGGAGAAAGCACGAUAUGUUUUUCUCCAAUCUCUUGCCGAGCUUUUUUCGAAACCUCUGAUGCAGAAUGUUGACAUCCUCAUUAACGCGGGAGCAAUGGAGCUGAUAAGACCUUUGCUACUCGAUAACGUUCGAAAAAUCCAACAAUUGGCUUGUGAAAAUUUGAGUAAAUUAGCAGCCUGGGAUGACAGGCUUGCUGAAUGUAUGAUUACGGAAGGGAUACUUGUUCAAUUGACCCAUUCGCUGAGGGAAGCUCAUCGGCUUAGUAGGAAAGCGACAACAAAUGUGUUGAGGGCUAUGUCCAAGCAUUCGGCAUUCUUAGCACAAUCAAUAGUGGAUCAGGGAGGAGUUGAGCUUCUAAUACCAGUGCUUUUGGAGUUCGACCCAUCUGUGAAAGAAAUUGCUGCAGGAACUUUGGGCAACAUCGCACACCAUAGUCCUGCACUGGCUCAGAUCGCCGCGGAUCGGGGUGCAGUAGAAUCAAUGGCUGGUUUGAUCAAUGAUGAGGACCUACCGUUAAGGCGUCAACUGUGUGCUUCAUUAGCACAGAUUGCAAAACAUACACCUGAACUCGGCACCAAAGUGGUUGAAUCUGGUGUCUUAUCCCAUGUAUCAGCGUUUCUGGACGUUGAUCAGCCUGAUACUAGACUCAAAGCAGAGGGAUGUGCAGUUUUACAUAGUGUUUCGAGGCAUUCAGAAUGCUUAGCUCAAGCAGUUUUGGAUACAAAGAUUUUUCCAAAUGUGAUCUUACUGCUGAAGAACAUUGAACAAAUGGUUAGAAGAAAUGCAGCUAUGGUUAUUUGUGAGGUUUGCAAACAUACAAAAGAUCAGGCACGAUUUGUGUUAAGUGCGGGAUGUGCCCCUGCUCUUGUCGACAACAUAUCUGAUGUUCGGAGUCAUGAGCGCUUGCCGGGAAUAAUGGCUUUGGGACAUCUAGCGUCAUUUUCACCUGAACUAUCGACUGCAGUGAUUUCCUCGAAUGCUUUGCCUCCCUUAGUCGAUGUCCUUGAACACGAAGAUGAGGACCAUGUUAAAGGAGCGAGUGCAUGGUCUCUGGGACAAAUUGGAAAACACACCCCAGUGCACGCUAAAGAAGUUGCUCUCGUGGGUACAAUGUUACACUUGGUAGUCUGUGCCAAAACCAAACGCACCAGUGAAGAUUUGCGAAAAAAGUGCGAAUUUUCGAUCAAGAGUAUUGUUAACCGCCUAGAAUACACUCCGGCUCUCGAUUCUUUGCUAAAUGGUCCAAUAAUGCCUGAACAAUGUCUGAAGCUGGUCUUAAUCCAAAUCGCAAAGCUAGUGCCAACCAGCGUCGAACUUCAAACUAAGCUUCUACUUUCGGGCUCCUUUGCGAGGUUGCAAGAACUCCAACUCGGAGCAGCGGAGACGAUCGUGGAGUUGAUAGAAAAGAUUGCGAGUGUAUAUCCCGAAGAGAUCAGAAGCAGUUUGAUUGCACUAACCCACCAACAAUGGACGUGUUCCUCACCAUGAAGAUGGAAGUUCAUUCCUCUAUAGAAAAAUAAGGAACAAUAAGCCCAGCAACAGAUGCACUUGAAUGUUUCAAGGCUUCUAACAAUGUUGAAGCACCUGUGCUGUUUGAAACAAGCGACUGCCUGCCCCCCAUUCAUCCAGAAAACUGGCAUUUACUCAAUGAUCUUGAAUGAUUUACAACAAUUGAGAGGAUUGCUCAAAAGAUAAACUUAAAUAGAAAAUGGAAGUCAUUGGGAGAGUGGUUCAUGGUCAUUCUCAAAACAAUGUCAUGAGCUAGGGAGAGGGUUGAAAGAUAAUCCUCAAAUGUGAUUGCUAACAAUCUAUGAUUGUCCCAUUAUGGUGAUAUUCAAAGUCAUUCCUCUAA